AAAAAGGACAAAAAAGAAUAGAAGCCUAGCCUUCUUCUCCCCCAACUGUUCUCCGACAGCUCCCCUUCUCCGGCAUCUCUUUCGUGACCUCCGCUCUGAUUAGAUCAGCAACGGCGGUAGCGAACAAAACUCCACGGCAGCAGUAGCAACGAUCUCAGGCGCGACGGCGGCGCAAUCUGUUGUGAUCGACGGUGACCCACGGCGACAUUAUCACCUACAGCGAAACACGAGUCUCGAGCGUUCUCUUUGCAGCAGUUGCGGUGGAUCCCUCCGACGAAAUCCAGCGAGAUCCAACGGCUACACGCUAUUCUCCGACUACAACCCGUGGCCAGCAGGGUUGAAUUUUGCUUGGUCUGAGUGGAAAUCUAGCCCAACAACGCGAAUUCCAAGCAAGUUCAAUCUGUAGUUCGAAACGAAAUGAGAACUCAAGGGAAAUGUAUAUGAACGGGAAAGAGAUUAAAACCGGACUCAAUCGAAGUUCUCUAGUGCGGCUCUACGAGAUGUACAACUUUUGCAGUUCUACAAUGGCUUUACCUCUGAUUCUGAUUUUGGGUCUCGGUUAUAUGGGCAACUGUAUGGCUUAUGGUUCCCCUUCCCAGACGACUAUGCAUACUAAUAACUGGGCAGUUCUAGUCUGUACCUCUCGUUACUGGUUCAAUUAUCGCCACAUGGCUAAUACACUAUCCUUGUAUAGGACCGUUAAACGGCUAGGAAUACCCGAUGAGCGGAUUAUACUUAUGCUGGCGGAUGACAUAGCCUGCAAUGCUCGGAACAAGUACCCUGCAAAAGUGUUCAACAAUGAAAAUCAAAAAAUCAAUUUGUAUGGAGAUAAUGUUGAGGUUGAUUAUCGAGGUUAUGAGGUCACAGUUGAAAAUUUCUUAAGGGUAUUGACUGGGCGCCACGAGGUUGCUGUUCCAAGAUCAAAACGCUUGUUAAGUGACGAAGGAAGCCAUAUUCUUCUUUACAUGACAGGACAUGGAGGAGAUGAAUUUUUGAAGUUCCAGGAUUCUGAAGAGCUCCAGAGUCACGAUUUAGCUGAUGCGGUGAAACAAAUGAAAGAAAAACAUAGAUUUAAGGAGCUGCUGAUAAUGGUUGACACUUGCCAAGCUGCAACUCUUUUCAAUCAGCUUCAUUCCCCAGGUGUUCUAGCCAUUGGAAGUAGUAAGAAAGGAGAGAACUCAUAUUCACAUCACUUGGACCCUGAUGUUGGUGUUUCUGUAGUUGACCGUUUCACCUAUUACACGCUAGCCUUCUUUGAGAGAUUAAAUAUGUAUGAUAAUACUUCAUUAAUCAGUCUUUUCAGGUCAUAUAAUCCAAGUUUGUUGAUGUCAACCGCAUAUUAUAAAACAGAUCUAUACCAACGUAAAUUGGAGAAGAUUCCUGUGACAAACUUUUUUGGCUCGGUUAUGGAAACAGUUCAUACCGAUUCAGCUUACAAACUUGUCUCAAGAAAGGGCUCCAGCAAGGCCAAACUAAUGUCACACCACAAUGAAAGAACAUUGAUUUGUUCAGACGAUCCAGAUCAUAUUAGUAAAACAAGCACAAGGGUAACUUUGUUUCUAUUCUAUCUUAUUGAUUUAAAAAAAAAGAGAGAGGGUAAACGACGUGUGAUGCAGGACGACCACGAACACGGUGCUUUAACAAGUAUAUGGAGAAGUUUACAUGAUAAGAUGGAACAAAUUGAAGAUGCUGAUACUUUUGUGAACUAUGGGUUGGCCAUUAUGCUUCCAUUCUUAGGGAUUUCCAUGUGGCUAUCAAGGUGAAGAAGCUGCCUCCUACUUCUUGGUUUCCACUCUGCUUCAGAGUUCAAUAGUUCAUACGUUCAUCUCGACCCCAACCCCGAUGCUAUCUUAAUAAUAUGUUACAAAACUCACGUUUUGAACCUUUACUUCUGGGGAGAGAUCGUGUUCUCUUGUUGCAUAAAAGAGGAAAAAGAUCUUCCAUCAGCUUGAAUCAAAAGAGGUCUAUUACAGAAGGAUGUAGACAAAGAACUCCAUCUACAUCUACAAGUUAGAAUAUACUCUCAUUUUCCAAUUUAUUCCUUCUACUGGUUUGGUGACUUGGAAACAAUAUUAUGAACAUGUCAACAAGAGCAAUGGAGUUAUAUUUGUUUUUUUAUUUGUUGUGAUUUUUAUUUUUCAAUCUAGACAGUAGAAAUAUCUCAUUUUCGCCUUUGUUCCACCUUACCGGCCGCAACAAAGGCUGGAAGUGGGACUAUUCUUACCAAAAACAAGAGAUCUACAUCUCAUCCUAGAAAUAUUACCGGGUAUGAAAUGGUCUCCUCUAUUUCUCUC